AACCGGUUAUUCUGUGUUUAAAUUAAUUUGACAUGAUGAUUAUUAGAUAUGCAAUGAAAGAAUAAAUAAGAGCUGGGGAAAAAAGUUAAAUUGGAAACGCGGUUCACACAAUUAGGAUUUUGCCGCCGCAAAGUCCACUCCCCUAAAUUGGGAUUAAAUAAUAAUAAUAAUAGUAAAAUCAAUUCAAACCCCACUAAUCACGCUUCGUUGCCACAUGUGCACAUGUCUUCAUGUGGUUUGGCUUUAUCCGAAUACCAAAUACCUCCCUUUGCCUAAUUAACCAACCACCGUCCGUCCAUAAGCGGCUACCGAUCUUUCACCAAAAAAGAAAAAAAAAAAACCACUCCUCUCUCCUUCUGCCACGUGGUUCACCUUCUCCACAGUGUGAACAAGAGAAAUGAAAACAAAAAGAAAAGGUAUAUAGAUUUGAGCAACAAGAAUAGAAUAUUAUACUUUAAAAUGGAAGAAUUAAAAGAUUGUACUAUAAACAAUACGGUCCAUAAAUACCAAACCACAAGUCAAAAAUAUACUCGUAUAUAUAUAUAUAUAUAGCUAAAACCUCUAACUAUAUUAACUAAACCCAAGAGCUCUUUUCUUGCUUUUGCUGUCUAUCUAUUUCCAUCUCUUUCUCUCCCAUGGAAUGGACUAGAGGGCCUGUUAUUGGCCGUGGCUCCACCGCCACAGUCUCCUUAGCCACCUCUGUUUUUUCCGGUGAGCUUUUCGCCCUGAAGUCUACUGAGCUAUCUAAGUCUAUGUUCCUCCAGAAAGAGCAGUCUUUUCUAUCUAAGAUUAACUCCCCUCAUAUUGUCAAGUACAUAGGCUAUGAUAUUACUAAUGAAAAUACUCAGUCUCUGUAUAACAUUUGCUUGGAGUAUGUUCCUGGAGGCACUCUUCAUGAUGUGAUUUUGAGACAUGGUGGUCAGUUAGAUGAGCCCAUGAUCGGAUCAUACACGAGAAACAUCUUGCAGGGUUUAGAUUACUUGCAUAGAAAUAUUGGAUUGGUGCAUUGUGACAUCAAGAGCAAGAAUGUUUUGAUAAGUAAAGAUGGAGCGAAGAUUGCUGAUUUUGGCUGUGCUAAAUUUGUUGAGCAAGUAGCUAGAAAUGGAGGCGGUGACGCGUCUGCCUUUUCGGGUACACCGGCGUUCAUGUCACCGGAGGUGGCAAGAGGAGAAGAACAAGGAUUCCCUGCUGAUAUAUGGGCUGUAGGUUGCACAGUUAUAGAAAUGGCAACUGGAAGUAUUCCAUGGGCAGAGAUCAUGAAAAAUGAUGAUCCCUUAUCAGUUCUUUACAGGAUUGGAUUUUCUAGUGAGGCUCCUGAGUUUCCUAGUUGGUUAUCAGAAAAGGGCAAGGAUUUCUUGAGCAAAUGUUUAAGAAGAGAUUCAAAAGAGAGAUGGACUGCCAAAGAAUUACUUGACCAUCCAUUUCUUGGUGAACUAGAGUUGGAAUUGAAGGAUGUCGAUUAUCAGAGUUCUCCAAGUUGCGUCCUGGAUCAAGAUUUCUGGAAUUCAAUGGAUGCAUUUGAAAGUCCUCAGGAUUUGACACCUGAACGUUUUUCGAGUUUGAAUAAUUCUCCGGCUGAGAGGAUCAAUAGAUUGAUAGGAAGUAAUUCUCUAUUAGUUGCUGAUGUACCCAACUGGAGUUUGGAAGAGGAUUGGAUCACUGUUAGAAGUAAUGAAUUUGAGGAGAAUGAUGUGAUCUUGGUGAAUACAGCUUCAGUUCCAAAUGAAUUUUUGAUCUCAGAUUCAAUUCUUUACGAGCAACAGCCUGAAAGCUCAAUUUUUAUUGAAGAUUUGUUAUUGGAAUUCUUUCUUGAAAAUGAAAAUAUUAGUAGUGAUAAUGAUGUUAGUACUAGUGAAGGAUAUAAUCCUGUAUCAGAAGAAAAUCUCAAUUUUGAGACAGAUAAUGAAAAAUCUUGUCUUAUUUUAAUCUUGUUUUGUUUCUCUGUGUUUCUCUUGUUAUCCUGGCAAAUAUUUUCCAUUACUUGGCAAGCUAACUGCCACAUUGAUUUUCUAGUUAAGCAGAUUAGACAGGCAUAUACCGUUCCUCUGCUUUACAUUUAUUGUUCUCGAUUUUUGUAAGCCUAGUUUUGUUUUGACUACUACAGACCCACCU